GUCAACUGGCUUCUCUAUAGACUCCAACUCCCUUUCUUCCUCCUUCGUCGUGCUCUCGAUCUCAGGGGUUUUGCUUGGGUUUUACAUUUAAUUCUCACCCUUAUUCCACAAAUCCAAUCCUACAGUUUUCAUCUUAUUACUUCAUUUUUGUAAUUGCAAUCUCCAUUUUUGCGAUCUAGGGCUUUCUUCUUCUUCAAUUGGAUUGAAGUGAUAUGAAUAUUUGAAUAUGAGCGAUGGAGGUGGGGAGAGUGGAAAAGUACAUGAACGACCAAAGACGAGAAAGAAUUUGGGUAGUGAAGAUUUCCCACGGGCGCUUGCUAAGAUUGCUGUAGCUCAAAUAUGUGAGAGUGAAGGAUUUCAAAUUUUUCAGCAAUCUGCCCUUGAGACACUAGCUGAUGUUGCAGUUCGGUAUGUUCAAAACAUGGGAAGCACUGCAAAUUUUUGUGCCAACUUUGCUGGUAGAACAGAGUGUAAUUUGUUUGAUAUAAUUCAAGCAUUGGAAGAUUUGGGGUCGGUUCAAGGGUUUGCAGGUGCUUCGGAUAUCGAACAUUGUCUUGCAAGUUCCAGCACAGUUAAAGAGUUUGCUCGUUAUGUAGCUCAAGCGGAAGAAGUCCCAUUUGCCUACUCAGUUCCCAAAUUUCCAGUUGUGAAGGAGCGAAAGUUGAGGCCUAGUUUUUUGCAAAUUGGGGAAGAACCUCCUGGAGAGCAUAUACCUUCUUGGUUGCCUGCACUCCCGGAUCCCGAAACGUACAUCGAGUCCCCCAUUGUGAAGGAAGAAGUAGUGGAGCCUCAAACAAUUAAAACUGAGCCAGAAAAACAAUGUAGAACAGAGAAAUCUUUCUGGAAUCUGCAGCAGUGGUUGUUUUGCAAUGGAUUGGAAGGAUCCCAAAGAGAAGACCCUAGAAAUGCAGCUAUGACAAAACAAAUACAAGAAAGUAACCCAUUUCUUGCUCCCCCCCUGCAAUUUGGUGAGAAGGAAGUUUCUUCUAUUGUUCUUCCAGAUAAGGUCUUGAACAAUUCAAGUACAGAAUAUCAUGUCCCUGUCAUGGAGAAUUGUCAAGUGGAUACACAUGUCUCAGUGCUGGAGACUUUUGCUCCUGCUAUUGAAUCAAUAAAGAACAAUUUCCACAUGUCUGAGGAAAAGUACUCUCUGAACAGGAAAUCUACUGUACAGUUUAAGAUUGGGACUGGAAAGAAGGCGGCAGGUAACAUGAUAGAAUUGAGGGCGCUAAACAAUGGUGUGAAGAAGUCUUCGUCCUGGUUUGUAGGGGAAGAUGAGAAGGAUGACAAGAAAAGAAAGGCCGAGAAGAUUCUGAAGGACUCAAUGGAGAACUCCAAUGAGCUAUCUCACUUGUAAUUAGGUUGCUUGAUUAAAAUUGUACACGGAAUUUAGGAGUCUGGGUGCAGUUUUUCAUGGUUGUCAAAAACCACUGGCAUUGUAUUGUCUGGAUAUUAGCUUAUAGAAUGAAAGAUUCAAAUUUGUGGAAAGAGAGAUUCCAGUUUAGCGAAUUUUUUGAGGUAUGCUCAUGUUUUUAAUGAACCAAUUCAUUUUCUUCUCUAAUAAACUUGGCAUUUGUAAA